AUGCUCGGUAAACUGGAUCAGAAAGACUUCAAGCAAGUGAUCGCCAAGGGAAUGAAAACUUACGGUAUGUUCCAGGUCUUCUUAACAAACGAACUGUUUGAUACAGCAAGAUUAGCUCUCACUCAUGCUCUAAGUGGCCAAGUGUGCGAGCAGGCUCUAGUGUUGUUGUAUCGUGAGAUUUCGCUUUGGCCUACCGCCCGAGGGCUUGGUCCCCUUCCUUGCUGAAUAACUUGAAGGGGUUUUGUCACGGAGAUAUUAUAGUGUUCUGUUUGAAACUGAACUUACGGAUUACAGCAAAGUUGAAAUUUUGAAAGUAUAACAGACAUACUGCGGCUUUUAUCGAUUGUUCAAAGAAAUGGGGAGAAAGGCUAACAUUAUUCUUUUACGUUGUAGUAAUCGUUCUUAAGCGAUUAAAAGAGGAUAAAGAGAAUUUUGUCUCAUUUGUAGCAAAGUUGAUACUGGCCCAAUGGCUCCACCUUCUUUUGGCUGCGGUUUUUCUAAGAUUGUCUCUAGAUCGUGUAUCGUAAUCAUGAAAAUCGCAUUUUGGCUGAUAAUUCUUUUUUGCAGCUCGUGAAAACCGUGAACUGGACAUCCUCCUCUUCAGAGAAGUAUUUGACAAUGUGGCUCGUGUUGACCGUGUGCUCACCAAACCUGGCGGCUCGCUCCUAAUGGCUGGUCGCAGUGGUGUGGGACGGAGGACAGCGGCUGCCUUAGUCGCACACAUGCACAACAUUCAAGUGUUUACACCUAAGGUAUCAAGAGGCUAUGGAUUGAAGCAGUUUAGGACUGAUCUCAAGACGGUGAGUACGCGUCAAAACAUACUUAAACCCUUAAGAUCUGAUCAGUAAUUCUACUUUCUGACUGCCAUACAAUUUCUUGGACGUCCAUUUAAGAGAAUCUGGGUUUAUAUCAUUGUAACGUUAUCUGGCUGAUAAAUUUACCUUUUCCUACCACCUGUCUGUUGUUUUCUUAGGUAUUAAGACAGAAUCCACCGGGAAAGUAAGUAAUUUUAAUUUUCAGUGGAUAAAAACCUUGUACCAGAGUAAUUCAAACAAUGUCGCAUUCUUUUUUUUACAAUUUUUAAGGGAUAUAGAUGUAAUUAGUUAUCUGUAAUGAUACCAAAGAAAAUUACUCAAGGGAGCCCGAGAAAAUAAAUGUCAAGUUUCAUAAAAUGAAAUCUUACACAUGAAAUUUUCAGAAUUUUACCUGUGUUUUAACAAUUCUUGUGAAAUUUGACAUAUAUUUUCUCGGGCUCCCAUAAGAAAUUUUCUUUGGUGUUAUUACUGAGAUAACCAAUUACAACAAUAGCCCUUGAAAAAUGCAAAAAAGAAUGCGAUAUCAUUUAAAUUAUUCUGGUACAAGGUUUUUGUUCACUGAAAAUUAAAAUUACUCAAUUUCAUGAUGCAUUCCGUCUUAAUUUCUGCAUCCUGGUGAGUUAAACCUUUAGGUCCCAAGAGUGACCAACAUCAAUUUUCUCCUAAUUAUAUCAAUACAUUAUCAAAUGAAAGGGUUAGGAGAAUUAACAAAGUGAUCAACAAAGGAGAAAUGCUUUGAUCUUUUAUCAAGUUCUCUCAACUGAUUCUAAAAGACAAUGUGUGGACAGUGGUAGGAGAAUUUGUAUUUGAAUAUCGGGGCUGAAAGAGUUGAAAGGUAAUUUAGCAUCUGCUGUACCGUCCUACAGGUUAUGCAGUUGUCCGGUAUUGAAGGAGAACAAGUAGUCCUCAUCUUAGAAGAUCACCAGGUGGACGGAAGUUUCUUGGAACUCAUCAACAGCCUGUUGAGCGCAGGAGAGGUUCCAGGAUUAUACACUCCUGAGGAGUUAGAGCCCUUGUUGGGUCCGCUGAGGGAUCUUGCUUCUCAAGAUGGAUUCCGGGGCACGCUGGUCUCGUAUUUCGCGUCGCGAGUGAAGAGGAACCUGCAUAUUGUACUGAUCAUGGACUCAUCCUCCAAGACAUUUACAGGCAACUGCGAGUCUAAUCCUGCUUUUUACAAGAGCUGUUCAUUCCAGUGGAUGGAGGGAUGGAACAGAGAAAGUAUGGCGCAAAGUAAGUGGGUUUGAUCCGAGGUAAAUAAGUGAGGAACGUCGCUUUUUUCUCUCUGUUUUUUUUUUGUUUUGUUUUAUCACAGGGACGUGUUUAUUCGUUCGUGUGAUGAGCCCUGAGCCCCUGAGGAAGUAGGAGAUACCUGCAAACAAACAAGCAAUUAAAAAAAGAUAACAGCAACAGCAACAAAAGUUUUUUUUUCACUAAGGACGCUGAGUACGCGAGAAAUGGGAUGUGGAGUUGAAUAGAGUUCAACGAAGAAUCACUGUUAACGCAUUUUCGUACCUAAUCAUUUUAUGAUCCCCUAAACGAGGUUGGAAGGUUAUUAGCUUAACUUCCCAGUUAGCUCAGUUGAUAGAGCAGCGGUCUCGCGGGGUCCAACCCCCGCCGGACCCACCAACAAGAGUAAUUUUAAACUGUUAAGAUCAUGCUAAUUUAGUUCCAGAAAACCAACGGAGUCCUUUUAACUACGGUGAGUUUGAACAUAAAGUCAUCCGGCUAGCAACGAGUGUGAACUAAUUAGGCUGUUAAGUAGUUCACCAGCUUUGAGAAUGCAUGCAUGCUCAGUGACACCUAUUUCCAAAGCUGGUACAUGAACGUAAGCGUCGACGAUGCUAAACUAAAAUUCUUUUUGUGUUGUUAUUUUAAGAUGUCACUACGGCUAUUACAACGGGAAAGUGAAAGAGAAAGUGAAAAUGAAAAAAGAAAACACGGAUGCAAGCAAUAAUUACUGGUUGUUUUUUACUUAGUACCUGGAAUGCUUCUUGCUGAUGAAGGUUUGCACAGCGGUGAGGGAACCAAGGGGAAGGAUGGAAAGUCAGGCGCAGAGGAAUUAGUUAAGAACUUCCUCCAGAUUCACGAGUCAUGCAGCGACAAGGAUGCUGCCCCGAGAAGAUAUAUGACAUUCUUGAAGACUUAUAAACAGGUGUACAACGAGAAGAAGGAAGGAGUGGUCAAGCGGCAACAGCAUCUGCAGGUAUCAAAAUAGAAAUCAGGAAAACUUCGCAUUUAGUAAAACUUUUACAAGUGUAAUUUUCAAGUGAAUGUCAAUAGGUACUCGAGCAUUAUGGUUCAGUCUGUACAACUUUACCGAGGUCUGAAAGGGCCCGUCUGGUCCACUGUUUGUUGCUUCUGUUUUUUUUAAUGCCUGUGUUUUUGACGUUGUAAAGCUCGCCCUUUAGUUAGGUCGUAGCUGUCGCUUUCGGGUUUUGUUUACCCUGAGGUGCUGAACCGUGAGUUGGGAGUUAUCGAGCGGUUGUAUAGAGGAAUAGUCUGGGUUAAGACUGUUUCGCCUCCUGACAAAUUUGAGUUCGCUGCUCGUUCGCUUCUCACCUGCCGAGUUCGUCAUCAGGACUGAAUAACUAUGAUCAAAGUUUUCACUAGGUAGAGUUCUCAGUACGCUAGUAGCGAACUGGAGCUAAUGUGUGGCGAGCGUUUGGUGCAGUCCGGCGCAACAAAUUUGACACCUGGAGAACUAGUCACUACAGGGUAAUUCAAUCUUUGAAGUUUCAUUUUUCGGCUGUGGGAGUUCCGAGUCUUUGACAAUUGGGAAAGUCGAGGCCAUUACAGCAUGCAAAUUUAGGAUGUGUAGAAUCGGAUUCCACCUUAAUUUAAUAAACAGCUUAAUUUUCUCCUCUAAGGCUGGUGUAUCGAAGCUCACUGACGCCAAAGCACUCGUCGAUGAUCUCAAACAAAAAGCAGGAGAGCAAAGCCAACAAUUGGCUGAAAAACAGGCAGAAGCUGAUGCAGCACUGAGGGAAAUAACCGCUAGUAUGCAGGUAAACAACCAAUCUUACUUUACUUCUGUCCAACUAACAAUUUACCUUUCAAACGUGUUCGAAUACAUCGAAACAUUAGUAAUCGCUUGACUAUUUCUGCCGUUUUUCGUUUAUUGCAAAUGUGAUAUUUUAGCACAUUAUCUUUCCUUUUUUGUUACUUAAGGUUAGUUUUGUGAUUGCCCACAUUUGCCCAGAUCAACCUUUUGGAUCUAUUUAGAUUUCUGGGAAACUGCCCUCCUAUCCCUCCCCUAAGCCAUCAUUUAGCCCUCAGUGAGAAGUAAGUGUUAAUAUUUCACCAACGCUUAAACUCCUCGUUCUCUAAUGUUUAUUCGCAAAGCGUGCCAGUGAGUCCAAAAGCGAAAUGGAAACACUAAAACAAAAGCAAGGAGAAGAGUCCCUCAAACUGGAGAAAAGAAAGAAGGCCAUCGAGAUUGAGUUAUCAGAGAUUGAACCGCUCGUGCAGGAAGCUAAAGAUGCCGUCGGUAACAUCAAACCCGAGACGCUGUCUGAAAUUCGAGCAUUGCGCAUGCCUCCUGAUGUCAUCCGGGACAUCUUAGAGGCUGUGCAAAGGCUGAUGGGAAUUUUUGAUACCUCGUGGGUCAGCAUGAAAAGGUGAGCUUUGUAUCACGUGUUUAGAAUUCUCUCCACUUCACAUAUUUUAACCAAACUGAGAACAACAUGUGAAUAAAAUAAUCUUGGACAAUGUAUAAUUCUGUUACCAAACACGAACUAUUCGUCCGUUUAAAUCUCCAAGUUCGUUCCAGGUGUAGUUCUGGGACUAAGGGCCUGUUUACAUGGAGUGGGGGACCCCGGUCUAGUGGGGUUGGUUUCUUUUGUUUUUACGCUCUGGGGGACACAAAACAAAAGAAACCUACCCCACUAGACCUGGAUCCCCCACUCCAUGUAAACAGGGUCUAAGUUUUCUUUGUUGAUAAGACAGGACCUCUCCUAAUGUUCACGAAACACCUAAAACUAACCUUUGACCCUUGACGCAACAUGAUUUCAAAUCACGUGCCUUUUCCUAAAUCCCUUUUAUUUGAAAGAGCCUUAAGCAGCGAAGUAGUAAGAAAAGGUUUCUUUGUUUACAUAACUGCGAAAACGAAUAAAAUCGUUGCGGCUUUCAAGACAAAACCGUCAGUCGUAUAUUUUAGGACGUUUUUGUUUUAGUGUGUUUACUCUCAGACUGGGAGCUAGAAUACUGUCGGACGGUGAAGGCGUAACCUCAGUGACCAUCUGGCGCUUGUGUUUUUGCAAAUAGUAUUUUAAACUCUUUUUUAAUUUACACUAUAUUAUCUGUUUAGUUUUCUUGCGAAACGUGGUGUGAAGGAUGAAAUCUGCUCUUUUGAUGCCCGAAAAAUCACUCCUGAAAUCAGAGCUAGUGUGGAAGAACUGCUAGAAAAAAAUGCUAAUUCGUUUGAUCCUAAGGUAAGUUCAUAUCCUAGUUUUUUAGUUGAUUUUUAUACAGAAAAGAAAAAAAAAAAAUUUCUUCUCACGCUGAUUUGCUUCCCAACUAACUUUCAAGAAAAGUGACUGCUUGCGGUCCACCCACGCAAUGACUGCUCCCCCAUUAUUGAUAGUAAUUGCGAGGAAUUCUUUCUUACCUAGAUUGCCAAGCGAGCCAGUGUAGCUGCUGCUCCGUUGGCUGCUUGGGUUGUAGCUAACGUGAAGUUCUCUGUGGUUCUUGAGAAGAUUGAACCGCUGGAAAACGAGCAGGCUCAACUGGAAAAGUAAGUGCCUUUUGGCAAAUAAAGAAUUGUUGUCUAUUGCUUUUGUUGAAUGAGGGUGAUAGGUGUGUUUACGGGCAAUGAACGUUUAUCGAACAAGUUUUACUUUACAACGUGUUGGGAACUUGGUCCACUUAAGUACAUGUAUUGACGACAGUGACCUAAGCUAAGAGAAGAUCUUAUUUUUUUGUUUUUUGCUUGUUUGUUUUUUUCUUUCUUGUAAUCGCCCAAGCUAUCUCUCGUUUCGUUUGUGCUAUUAAUUCUAUCAUUAAUUGAGAACAGACUCAGUAAUAACUGAAUCAUAAAGAAAAAUCCUUUAGUGGUAAAUUUCAAACCAAUUUAUUCAUGUACUCUGUUUUUAUUUUCUAAAAAUAAAAUACUAUUUGCCUUGUCUUAUCUAGGAAUCUUGCCAAGUCCCAGCAGAGGCUUGUGAAAUUAGGGAACGCCUUGGAUAAGGUGGAUAGAGAAGUGGCAGAGAUGAGAAAAAGGUAGUGUCACUGAAGAUAGCCGGCCGCUAAGUUCCCCCUGGCAAAUGGUCUUUGACCAUUCCACGUUUUGUAAAAGCAUGUACUAAGGCAAUGCAAAAAAACUGGCUUAUAACGUAACGAAGUUAUAUUUUAGAGAGUGUUCUUUAAGCUGGUAAAACGUUGCUUUUAGUGAGUUUCAGAUUUCUUUGCCAAAGUAAUUCUAAAGAUUGAAAGACAAAUAUUUUAGAUCCGUUUAAAGAACCCACUGUUCGUGUUUUAAACACUAAGCUGUACCUCGAGUUUUGAACUUGGUAAAUUACUUCUAGUAGUUUAUAAAAUAAAUCUUACCCAUUUCUUACAAGUAGUCGAAUUUCUAAUCCAUACAUUUCGAAAUAGAUGGACCCUUCACGUCUGGCUGAAAAUCGCGUUAUACUUGCUUGAAUGUUUUUGUUGACAGCUACCCAGUUGUCCUUUUCUUUAAUUUCUGUUUUCUUGUUGAUUAGG